UACAAGGAAACUAAUUCAGUUGAACUUUAAUCCAAUAUUUGGCGAGUCGUUUUUUAACGAUUUUCAAAAGUGUGCUUAUAUUAUUUUGAAUUUUCAAUCCUUAAUUCAGUAUGCGUUAUCAAGAUAUUGUGAUCGGCAUUGUCGUCGCAUGCCUAAUGUACUUCAUUUGCGUAGAUGCUAAAACAGUGUUUCGACGCGCAGACAAAAUUUCCUCUCCCUUCCAACGUCUGAAUUUGCCACCUGAAGAAAUCGAUCCGAAUGUAGCGCCACUCGAACCACAACACAUUGAGUCACUCAAUUCGGAUGAUAUUUCAGGGCCAGGCACCGAUGAAUCCACCCAAUUCGCCGAUGAAGUAGCCGAUCAGGCCGACGAAGCAGCAGCAGCUGCUGCUGAAGCAGCGAAUGAAGUUGCUAACGAAGCGACAAAUGAGAUAGUCGAUGUGGUAACCAUUGCACCCGCAGUUGCUACACCGGCCGUAGCAGCAGUGGCCGCACCAGCCGCAGCAUCGAGCAGUUCCGCUUCCACCGCAGCAGUAACCGAAGCAACCACUGUACAGAACACGGAUGAUCCCAGUCCAAUCAGCAAAUACUGUAAAUGUACCGACGAUCAUUGUGAUUGUUGCCGGCAAUUCAAUUUACCAUUGAUACCAGUACGUGGGCCAGGUUGUGCUAAAAUCACAUAUUUAGGCAAUGAACGUAUGUCGGUGGCAAUCAAAUAUGGUGAUAUUACAUUGGCGACUCGUACAAUUUCAGGUAAGCGCGCUAAGCCCAUCUGCGUAGGCUUACCUGGUGGCUACUCUAAAUUCUGUGGACGUGUUUAUGGUCUAUCCAGAGCUAAGAAUGACUUCAAGGCUUGCUUGGGUUUCGAACUGCGCGCUGAAGACGAAGUAGAGGCAGCUUUGCGUGUUUCCUGCUUUAAAUUUGGUCCCGAAGGCUUGAGAGUUGCUGAAGCUGAACCCUUGCCCACUGAGGUGAACAAGGAAGAAGAUGAUGAUGACAUUUUUGGCUUUGGAGCUGGUGGCGAUGAUGAUGACGAUGACGAUUACGAUGAUGAAGCUGAUGAGGCUGAUGAGGAAGACGACGAAACCGAUGAAGAUGAUGAUGCCGAGGAGAAUGAUGAUGAUGACACAGAGGCGCCUGCCGAUGCAGAUUAUGGCGGUUUCAGCUUAGCCGGUUUACUUGAUGAGUUGGACGAUGAUGAUGAAGAGAAGCCCGCCGCGGCUGCAACACCAGCUGUAGCCGUUGCACCCGCCACCCGCAUCGCCGAGCGUAAAGACGAUGCGCAAGGUAAAGAAGACAACGAUGCCGAAGCGGCGGAAGGCCAUGUCGAAUCUAUGGCUGAGGAGGCCGAUGUGACGCCCGCACCCGCGGCCGCAGAUGGUACCACUGUGAAAUCGAAGAAAAAGUCGAAAAAGGAGCGCAAACAAAAGAAGAAGAAGGCCGCAUCGACGGGUGAAAACGAUUUUGCCAUUGAAAUUUUGAAUGGAAUACUGGAUUUUUUCAACUGAGCCUGCAAACCGGACUUGCAGGCAUGUAUGGAAAUAGUGUAAAUACGAUUUAUUGAAGCGAACUCAUCAUCACUGUCGCUAUAAUUUAAAACAAAGUUAGGUUAGGUGAAAAAUAAUUAUUUAUUUAAUUUAUUGUAUGUUAAAGACAUAACUAUGUAUUUAGUAAGUAAUACGAUGUAUGUAAGUGAAAAUUUUGA